GAAAAGUUAUUUUAUUUUAUAAAAAUUUACAAAAGCAAAUAGAGGGUGAUGGAAGGAUAUUCAUGAUAGUUUAUGAAGUUUGAGAAGGCAUUGAUGAUAUUUCAAAAUUUUGAAAGGUAUCUAUGAUAUUUUUAAAUUUUACAAGGGUAGUCAUGAAAUUGCCCCUUAUAAAUAUGUUUCCGCCCAUGUUUUUUUAUCCAAAUUGUUGUAAUUGAUACCCGGUGAAAGUUUUCAUGGCCAGCAGAUACGAAUAUUCAAAGAGAAAAUAUUAUAUUUCUAGUAAAAAAUAAUAGUCCCUUCUAAUAGCUACUGGUGAAUAUUUCUUGUUUCAUUUAUGCAGCAUAUUGAAUGUCUCUAAGAUGAUAAAUUAGAUCUUUAAAUGAAAAGACUAUUGCUCAUUCCAUCGAUAUUCAUCUCAUCCUAAUUUACAUUUUAAUAUAAUUAUAAUUAUAAUUUUUUGGACCCGCCUUUGAUCUCUCGGGAUCCGCUUUCGCGGAAGGGCCCGCGUUGUCGCACGGAGAUUCGUAUGCGGGCGCUGAAUCCGCCGACCACAUUCCCUCAUUACCUUACCUGUAAAAAACGGACGGUAGAUCUGCUCCCGCAUAGGAUGAUUCCCUUUACUGUGUAUUUCCCGUUUCGUCCUCCCAGUUGCCUUUAGUGCGCUCCGGGAGAAAUAGCCGUUACGCCUUCCAACGGCUAUAUUCAUUUCAAAUUCCGAACAAACCCCCUUCGUCUCUCUCUCUCUCUAGUCUCUACAUCGUCGUCUCUUUCCAUUUCCUGUUCCCUAGCAAAAAUCAUAGAAUAGAAACCCUAAUCAAAACCUUUCUCAUUCCCUUUCCCAGCUUUUUUCUCAAAUAGUCCUUCAGGAUCAUUCUUCCCUUCGCCUCAAAUUCACCAUUUCUCUUUCUCUCACAAGCACUUCUUUCUCCUCCAUUCUCUCCAAGAAUCUCGCUCGAGCUUCAAAGAGAAUUUCGGAAGCUAAUCAUUUCCCCCAAACCCUGAUCAAAACCUUACUUCCUUUCUGGGUUUCCCUCCAAUGGCUCCCACGCCGUCUCCGAGACCAGCACACGGCCACCAAACCCCAUUAAAGACCCCGCCUUCGAAGCACCGCCUCCAUUUCCCCAACCCGAAGAACAACGCCCACCCGUCGCCAUGCCCUCUCUCGGCUAUCAAAGAGGCGGUUCCGACCGAACACCCCGUCGAAGUCAUCGGCCGCGUCAGAGAUUUCCCGGAUCGGAAGGAGAAACCGGCGUCUGCCCUCGAGAUCCCUCAAGGCGGGCACUCAAUUAGGGUUCGGACCGACAUCGGCUACCGGGAUUUCAGCCUUGAUGGGGUUUCUGUCUCCGAGGAUGAAGAUCUUGAGGCGUUUUAUAGGAGAUUCGUGGAAAAGAGGAUCGAGGGUGUGAGAUUGGGCGCAAAGUGCACCAUCAUGAUGUACGGUCCAACCGGCGCCGGUAAGAGCCACACGAUGUUCGGGUGCUCAAAAGAGCCGGGGAUCGUGUACAGAGCUCUCAAGGAUAUACUAGGGGAGGGAGACCGAGAGGCCGGUGUGGAUGAUGCGGGUUUUGGGCUUGGUCUCUUUGUACAAGUUGCGGUUUUGGAGAUUUACAAUGAGGAGAUAUAUGAUCUUCUCUCCGGUAAUAUGAAUGCCGGAGGAGUGAGCAUGGGGCCUCCGAAAGGGAAUACUACUAAGGUUAGACUAGAAGUGAUGGGAAAAAAGGCGAAGAAUGCAACCUAUAUAUCUGGAAAUGAAGCUGGGAAGAUAUCGAGAGAAGUUGCCAAGGUGGAGAAGCGGCGGAUUGUUAAGAGCACCCUUUGUAACGAAAGAAGCUCGCGGAGCCACUGCUUGAUAAUUUUGGAUGUCCCUUCGGUGGGUGGAAGGCUCAUGCUUGUUGAUAUGGCUGGUUCUGAGAACAUAGAAGCUGCUGGCCAAACUGGACUCGAAGCGAAAAUGCAGACAGCGAAAAUAAAUCAAGGAAAUACAGCUCUGAAGAGAGUCGUCGAAUCCAUUGCAAAUGGUGAUUCUCAUGUUCCCUUCAGGGAUAGCAAACUUACAAUGCUUUUACAGGAUUCUUUCGAGGAUGAUAAGUCAAAAAUUUUGAUGAUUCUAUGUGCAAGCCCCGAUCCUAAAGAGCUGCAUAAGACAAUAUCUACUCUUGAGUAUGGAGCUAAAGCAAAGUGCAUCGUCCGUGCCGCCCACAUGCCGACUCCAAAGGGAAAAAUGAACUUUGAGGAGCCAUCUGUACAUUUAAAUGCAAGAAUAGCAGCAAUGAAUCAGUUCAUUUAUAAGCUGCAAAUGGAAAAUAAACUUAAAGAGAGAGAGCGAGAUGAAGCCCAAAAAGAACUAUUGCAUAAAGAGGAAGAAGCCGCACAAUUAAGGGCUAAGAUUAGACAGAUAGAAGGUAAAGGAGUGGCAGUGAAAGAAGAAGAGAUCAAUUCAAAAGUUAUUGAGAGAACCAAGACAUUGAGACUUGAGUUGAUGAAAAUGGAAGAGAAGAUGCUUCAACAACAAGAGGAGCUCAAUAUACUUAAGCGGCGCUUGCAUGAAGUUGAAUAUGAAAGAAGCAAUGUUAGUGACUGUGCACUAAACGAAGACCUAGAGGCAGGAAGGUUUAUGAAGAAGUUGUCGGAAGUUUGUGCAGGAGACCAGGGAAUGGUGAAAUCUAUGGAGUUGGAUUUUGGCGACCAACCAGCUAUUCAAGAUGUGAAAGAGAUAAAGGUAGACCUUCGCCAGUCGCCUUCUAAUAACUGGAGUUCUUGUAAUAUUUGUAUGGAAGAGGGGGCUGAUGCUGAUUUUGUGAGAUUCCCUGAUAAGGCGGUUUUGAGUACUGUUUUUGAGGACGAUGAAGAAGGAGAAGAGAGAGAAAGUGCUGAGUUUGACUAUGAGGUUGAUAAGGAAGUUGUAGAAGAAAACUCAGAACGAUUUAGGAAGAAUGUUGACUGGGAUUCUGAUAUUUAUUUGCAAAAGCAAGUUGAACCUCUGAUCGACUCUACUGCUACGAGAAAAACACGAAUUCAGAAUAUUUUCAGGCUUUGCGGGAACCAUCGGGAAGUUGCUCAACAGGUCAAAGUCCAAACUCCUACUAAGCAAAGAUAUGGUGAUGAAAAUGUGCAGCCAUGUACCCUUGAAGUUGAGAAAUUAGAAUUCAGGCCACCAAAUGGUCUUAUUUCUGAUGUGAAAAAAACUGAUAGCCCAGUUUCUUCACUGCAUGCACCACUUGUGUUGCUUAAUAUGGUUGAUAAGCAGAAAUCAGCAGAAUCGGAAUUAAUUAAAAGACAUGCUUUUUCAGAGAAAUCUGAAGAUUUUGAGGAGAACAUCAGGAAUGGGGAAGGGGAGACAGAAGGGUUGAUGGAUGUUUAUGUAAAGUGGGAGGCAUCCAAAGAAUGUCCAGGAAAUCUUAUAAAAAAGGUGAAAUUGUUAAAGAGCUCGAGCCUCUCUGAUCUGAGGAAACUUAUUGAGAUGCACUUUGAGGAAGAAAAUAACAAGCAACCUUUCACUUUUCUGUUGCUUGGGGAUCCCACAGGAAAUCCAGUCGCCAAGGAAAAUGAAGCAGCAACACAAGUUAGCAGACUACCCAUCUGCAACAACCAGCUGAACGGUCACCUCGCCUCUUUGCGGUCGGCUAAGAAGGCGGUUCAAAGGCCGAAUCACAUACCAUUUAGCUCAUUGGAGAAUAUUGGUGUGAACUCUCAACAUCCUGAUGGCCUUUCACCGAAAGUUUCUCAGAUCAACACAAACUAUCUGACGGAAUUAAGCGUAUAAGGUUGAACACUACCCUAUAUUGUUCUUAUGAAUGCUUGUCCAUUGCUUUAUGGCCAUGCGUGCAUGUUUUGUGUACUAUAUCUUUUGCAUGUUCUUCUGAAGAACUCAAGAGAUAUUUGACUCAUCCAUGUAAUGUGAUCCUUGCAAGGGAUGCAUUCGUUGUAUCAUUUACGUAUAACUUUGCUGAAAUUUAGUUUUCCUCUUUGCAUGUUGUAACUUUAUCUGAUCUCAGACAUUUUAAUAAACUGAAGUGUGCCUGUGGAUAUUUUCAA